CCCAACCAGAGGAGCUCUCUCUCUCUUUAUAGCAAUAGCAAUAGCUAUAGCCAUAGGUAGCAUAGCAGUAACCAGAGAGAGACACACUCUCACUCAUGGGAUUCGCUUCCGCUCUGCUGCUGCUUGUCCGGUACCCGCCGCGCGCCUCCUGUUCCUCCUCUUUUUCUUCCACCCCCGUGCCCGUGUGAGUGUGACCGGACCGCCCGCCUCAUCCAUCCAUGGUGAUGGCCAGCGCCGGCGUCAACAACAUGCCCGAGGGCGCCAUCGACUCCGAGGAAUGCCGCCUAGUGCGAAGACGCAGCCGCCUCAACGCGCGCCGCUACGCCCACCACGCCUCCCCCGCCCCCGGCCCCGGCCCCGCCGAGGAAGGAGGGGAAGAGGCAGAGCCCUCCUCGGAGGAGGAGGAGGGCUCUGCAUCUGACGCGGUUGUUGCGGCGGCUCCCCAGCAGCUGCCCUCCAAGGAGAAGGAGAAGGAGAUGGAGAAGGAGAAGGCCAAGUCGUGGUGGAGAUGGCCCGUGUCGUUCGGGUCGGUGGCGCUGGCGGGGCGGCUGCGGGAGAUGGAGGACACGGUGUCGCUGCACCCCAGCUUCUGCGCCUGGGCCGACGGCUCCCCCAUGCACCUCUUCGCCGUCUUCGACGGCCACGGCGGCCCCCACGCCGCGGCGCUGUGCAGGGAGCAGAUGCACGUCAUCCUCGCGGAGGAGCUGGCCGGCGCGGCGGCCGACUUGCACCAGACAGCGGCGGCGUCGUCGUCGUCUUCUUCUUCUUCUUCUUCUUCUUCUUAUUCUUAUUGGGAGAAGAAGGAGAAGGAGCAGCAACAGCACGACCAAGACUCGUCGGAGCAACAACAGCACGACCAAGACUCGUCGGAGCAACUUGCGUGGCGUGGCGCUCUGUCCAGGAGCUUCGCCCGGGCGGACGCGCUGGCGGUGUCGGCGUGCGCGUGCGGGCGCGGGAGUACAUGUGUGCCCAAGUCGUGCUCGUGCCUGCUGUCGUCGGCGCAGAAGGGCGCCAUCGUGGGGUCGACUGCCGUGGUGGCGCUGCUGGUCCGCGACCGCCUCAUCGUGGCCAACUGCGGCGACUCCCGCGCCGUGCUCUCACGAGGUGGCGUCGCCGUGCCGCUCUCCCAGGACCACAAGCCGGACCGGCCGGACGAGAUGGCGCGGAUCAAGGCGGCCGGAGGCAAGGUCAUGUACAUGAACGGGGCGCGCGUCCGCGGCAUCCUCGCCAUGUCCCGAGCGCUAGGGCACAGGCUCCUGAAGCCAGAAGUGAUAUGCGAGCCAGAGAUCAGCAUAACCGAAAGGUGCGAGGAGGACGACUGCCUGAUCCUCGCCAGCGACGGGCUGUGGGACGUGAUCUCCAACAAGGUGGCCUGCGACGUGGCCAGGCAAUGCCUGGAAGACGGGAGCCCCACCAGAGCUCCUGCAGCUGCGGCUGGGAGCAGCGGCAGCGCGCCGGCGGUUUCCCAGGAGGAAGAGCCCCGGUGCUUCCGUGCAGCGGCCCUCCUCGCGAGGCUGGCCCUCGGGAGGGAGAGCUCCGAUAACAUUAGCGUGGUGGUGGUUGAUCUGAAGGCGAGGGGUUGAUUAGCUAGGCAGAUGAGAUCACCACCAUAUCCAUAUCUCCUUAAUUUGCAACCUAGACCGACUUGGUAGCUAGGAGCUAGCUCUCUGAAUGUGCAGUGCAGUCCUGGCAAAUUAAGCAGCAAACUCUCUGAGGUUUUCUUU